AUGACUGUUAAAUACAAUCUUGAUGUGUCGACAUCACGACCUUGGACUCUAUUUAGACUUCUUUUUAAAUGGAAAGGAAGUGUUUGGAAAUCAGUCUCAUUCGAAUUAACGAUUUGGCUUGUUCUUUAUGCUUCUAUAACAAUUAUUUAUCGACUUAUGUUGAACGAUGAUCAAAAAAAGAUAUUUGAGCGAAUUGCACAUUAUCUUGACGAGAAACUUGGUUACAUACCAAUGGAUUUCAUGUUGGGGUUUUUCGUGACAUCUGUCCUUAAUCGUUGGAUAGUAUUUUUUGAUCGAAUUGGUUUUAUAGACAACAUUGCAUUAAUGGUUGCUGCAUACGUUCGAGGUGAUGAUGAAAAGUCAAGAAAAAUGCGCAGAAAUAUCGUAAGAUAUUGCGUCCUCUCACAAACCUUAGUAUUUCGUGAUAUAAAUAUACGUGUUCGUAAGAGAUUUCCUUCUCUGGAUGCGGUAGUUUCUUCCGGUUUCAUGAUGGAACAUGAAAAACAGAAAUUCGAGGAAAUUCAGUACCGUUAUGCGAAGUACUGGAUGCCUUUCCAAUGGGCGCUAUCACUGUGCAAUGAAGCAAGGAGACAACAGAAGAUUGCUAGCGACAGAUUACUUGAAAAAGUUGGCGAAGAAAUCAAAAUAUUCAGAACGAAUAUGGCAAUCUUAUGCAACUAUGACUGGGUACCCCUUCCGAUUAUGUAUCCACAGUUAAUCGUCUUAGCCGUACACCUUUAUUUUGUUGUGUGCAGUAUUGCACGGCAGCAUAUAAUAUCCGAGCAUGCUCCAAAUAAGACAGCAAUGGAUCUAUACUUUCCUUUUAUGACGACGUUGCAAUUUGUUUUUUACAUGGGCUGGUUAAAAGUCGCUGAAGUCAUGCUCAAUCCAUUUGGUGAAGAUGAUGAUGAUUUUGAAUGUAACUUCUUACUAGAUAGAAACCUAAUCGGCUUAACAAUAGUUGAUGAAGGCUAUAAUAAGCCACCAGUAAUGAUAAAAGACAUAUACUGGAGCCGGGAAAUUCAACCUCUCUAUUCUGAGCAGUCAAUGCAAAUGGAGCGAAGGUCUAGCGGAGUAACUGGUUCUGUUGCCCAUAUUAAGUACGCUUAUAACAUAAUGUUCAUCUUUAGUGGUUAUUAA